AAGGGACCACAAACACAACAGCCAUGCCGAGACCACCGGAUGUGCUGAAGGCAGCACGGGCCAACGACUGGCGCCGGCUGCUUGACAUUGUGACUGGCAAGAAGGAGAGCCGGCUGCGAAGCACCAUUCGACGAAAGCGCAAGCCAGCUGGAGACGGCGCAUCCAACGCAACCACGCUCGUGCUGGACAAGAACGACGACGGGUCGUUGCAAGUGAAGCCAUGUGCACCGGGUGUACGCAUCGAUCUGCGUGAUGACACUGGCAGCACACCCCUCAUCCUUGCUGCUCUCGGAGGCAACGUGGAAGCUGCAUCGUGCUUGAUUGCGUACGGAGCCAACGUUGAUGCCCAGGACACAGACGGGAACACGGCGCUGCACAUGGCGGCAUGGCAGGAGCGGGAACACAGCGUCGACGUCAUGGAGUUGUUGCUCAAGAACGGGGCGGAUCCAAACAUUGCCAACGCAGAAAACCGAACCCCGCUUCACAACGCAGUCCAAAACGGGCAAACCUUCGCCGUGAUGGUGCUUCUCGAUCACAACGCAGACGUGCACGUGCGCAACGACGCCGGUGAGACGCCGCUCGACAUUGCUGUUCGCUUCGGCCGCGAGGAGGUGGUCUCUGUGCUUCUCAACCACGACAUCAGCGUCACCAAGUCCACGCGGGCGCUGCGGGAGGCGGCGCAGAUGGGGCGCGCAUCCCUCGUCCGCACGCUCCUCGAUAUGGGCAUGGACGUCGCCGCCGAGGACCCGGAGACGCGCGACACAGCGCUGCACGUCGCAGUGAAGUUUUCCCGCACGUCUGCAGUGGAGACGCUGCUUGCGUUCGGGGCAGACCCGUAUCAGCCCAACGCCGCCGGCAAGAGCGCACACGAUGCCAUGCUGGACCUCUCUGAUGAGCGAACGCGCGACGUCAUGCUGGCUCUUGUCGAAGAGUACAAGGACAAAGAUGUGCAGCUGCCUGCAAUCGUGCUCAACGAGCGACGACAGCGAAAGGCCAAACAGGCCAUUGGCGACUAUCAGUCGACAAAACAGGCAACAUCCAGCGAAGCCCAUGAUCCUGUGAUCCGUGUGCUGGCGCGCUGGUGCGAGGACACGGCGCAGUGGCGAAGCACAGCACACCCAGACUGGCCCGUGACGCACCUGCUGAGCGAGGAUCCGAGUGCGGAGUGGCGAGCAGCAUCCAUAGGCCCCCAGUGGACCGCGUUUAAGUUUCCAAACCUCUACACCAUCACGGGGAUUGACCUUGUCGCCAGGCCGGGCCCCCAUGUUCCGCGUGACGUGCAGCUGCAGGUGGCGGACGGCCUUGAAGGUCCAUGGAGGGCCGUUGCGUCUUUUAAAAUGCAGUCGCAGCCUGGGCCCGGCGUGCAGCUGGAUAUGGUCACCCACACCAUGACGCAACACUUUUCUGGCUUUCACGCCACAUCACAGUAUUGGCGCCUCAACAUCCUGCGAGCGCACGGGUCGGUUGCGUGUGCUCUGAGCCACGUCCGCUUCUACGGGUUCGACGCCGUGAUGCCAAAGUGGUUUGCAGAGCACGGCAUGACAGAGUAUCUUCAACCGUUCAUUGACGCGGGACUGAACCAGCUUAAGGAGCUGACGAUGGCGGAUCGCGACAAAUACGCGAAGAUCAUCCAACUGCCGGGACAUUUGAAGAAGUUUGAGCUCGCUGUGCUCGACCUCAAGGGAGAGAAGCGUGGAUUUGACCGGUUGGUGUUCUCUCGCCCGCCGCCGGCCACGGCUGUUGCGGGUCAGGCGCUGCCCAUGUUUGAGGUGCAGGCGAACGCAGGCGCAGACCAGGAGGUUGAGCUUGUUGUGCACGGCAAUGCGCACGUGACGGGAACAAUGCGGGCGCGUCUCCUGCCCAACGGAUCGCACCCGAGUAUCGCUUUCUUCGACGACAUCGUCCUUGCACCGCCCGGACAGUACAUGUUGGAGGUGCGCAGCGUCACCGAUCCCACGCGCGUGUAUGUGAAGAGCCCACACCCAAUCACCGUCGAGGCGCCACCAAGAAAACGAUCAGCAAUGGAGGUUCUCUUUGCAGAUUAUUCGCCCAUGCUGGCAUUCUGAUGCGCACACACACCGUGAUGUCAUGUCAAUAGCCAUCACGUGAUGUCACUUUCUCAUGCGUCAGCAGCCAAUCUCUCCCCUCCUCGCCCCUGUUAUCUGAAGUCUGUCCUGGCUCUGUGUGGUGGCCCUUGUUCCUCCAGCGUUCCCCUGUCCUUGUUACCACUUUUUGCCGCUUGAUCUCUGUACACUUCUAGACUUCUUUCACUUGCUCUGCUAUUCAAGUCAACUAAACACAGUGCAUGAA